AUGCAUAUCAAGGAGAGCAAAGGGCUCUUCGCCUUGGCGAGUCUUGUUGCCCCAACGGUUGGCCUUUCAUUUACAUGCCAACCGGGUCAAUCUUGCUGGCCCAGCCUCCAACAAUGGGAUGCCUUCAACAAGACGGUAUCUGGACGCCUCAAGACUCCAGUUAUGCUUGGAAGUCCCUGUUUCCCUAGUUCCAAAGACUACAACAAAGAGGUCUGCGCCGAGGUCUUGGGACAAUACGGAAAUGGCACCUUCCGAGAGACUACGUUCGGAUCUACCCAGUUUACGCAGUGGGAGUCUUGCGGUGCUGAGAACUGUUAUCCCGGCUUGGUUCAACCUCAAGCAUCGACAUGUUCCCUCGGAAGAAUAUCUCCCCUUUUCGUCGACGCGUUGGAGCCUUCCGACAUUAGCGCCACCAUCGCUUUCGCAAAGCAGCACAAUAUCCGCAUCGUGCUCAAGAACACUGGACACGACUACCUGGGACGUAGUGCUGCAGCCAACACUCUCGGCCUGCGAACUCACAGCAUGAAGAACAUGACGUUUGCGUCUUCCUUCUCCGCCAAAAACUGCUCUGCCGCUUCUAACAAAAAGAACAUUGGUAUCAUUGGUGCAGGUGUCACCGCAGAGGAUGCAAUUGCAUUCUUCAACGACCAUGGCAUGAUGAUCACUAUGGGAGCUUGCCACACAGUUGGUAUUGCCGGUGGAUAUGGCCAGUCUGCAGGUCACGGCCCGCUUGGCCCUUCCAAGGGCUUGAUGGUUGACCAAGCUGUUGAGUUUGACGUUAUCACAGCAGAUGGCGUCUUCAGAACGAUCAACGAAUGUAACGACCCCGACCUCUUCUGGGCCAUGCGUGGUGGCGGUGGCCAGUCAUACGCCGUUCUCGUCAACUACAAGUUCCAGGUCUACCCACAAACCAAGUGGGCUACAUGGCUGUUCAACGCUACUAUUACUCCGCCCAGCUCUAAUGUUACAGAGAAUACCGUCUUGAGGGACGUUCUCACUGGCAUGUCAAAUGAUCAGGAAUCAUGGUCAAAGGCCGGCGUUGCUGGAUACAACAACGUUUUGCCCGAGUCUCUCACAUUCUUGGAGAUUCUGCCUGCUGACGGCGAUCCUUUGACAACCCUUAAGAAUUUGACUGCCAAGUUUAACACGCUGUUGACGACCCACCCCGGCAUCAACGUCAUUGAGAGCACCUACCAGCAAUUCGACAGCGAGACAGACUUCUUCAUCGGCCAAAACACCUUUUACACUCCGAACACCGCAGUUGGACUGUCGUCUUCGGUCCCAAGUCGUUUUAUCACCGUCGACAACUUCGAAAGCUCCGAGAAGAUUGACACUCUUGUGACCAGUAUUCUCAACGGCUUGGAAGCCGCCCGCGUACAACUUGGCGAAGCACUUGCAGGCGGAGCAAACGUUUUCCUCCUCAAGACUGCCCCAUUCAACACGCCCGACUCAGCAAACAAAACCAGCACCCACCCCGCUUGGCGAAAGACUUUGUGGCACUUGGUUUACGGUGUUAGCUACGAGCCUGGCACUCCUGAUGCCACCGCCAACCUGAUGAUGUCGGGUGCCCGCGCGGCCAUUGACAAGAUCAAGGCUCCGUUGUCUGUCCAGGCUGCCUAUGUGAACGAGGCUGAUCCAGCUGAGCCCGACUGGCAGAACGUGUUUUUCGGUGAAAAUUACGGCAAACUUCUCGCCAUUAAGAAGAAGUGGGAUCCGGAUACCGUGCUCAACUGCUACAAGUGCGUUGGCUACCUUGGAGACCAGGAUCCUAUGUACUCUUGCUACGGCAGCAAUCCCAAGGCAUCAGUGCAGUAUCCUUUUAACUAA